UCAAGAGUUCAAAAGUCUGAUUGCUUGGGGGAAGAAGCUAUCAUGGAGUCGGCUGGUGCGGGUCCUGAUGCUGUGAUACCGCCUGCCUGAUGGUAGCAGUGAGAACAGCCCGUGGCUCGGGUGGCUGGAGUCUCUGAUGAUCCUCCGAGCUUUUUUCACACACCGCCUUGUAUAUAUGUCCUGGAGGGAGGGAAGCUCACCUCACAUUCCAGUGGAGCUUAACCCAGCAGGAUCAUGCUGCAGUGCCAAUCAAAUUCAAAUCAGGGGUCAGUCUCAGUGUCUGUUGUUUAGAGAUGAUACCUCAUUGACAUCAGUCAUUAUCAUCACUGUAUUCGUUAGGUCAACAUGGCAACAGGAAGGAAAGGCUCCACUUCAAAAGGUGGAAUAGUGCGUUUCCCUGAUGAUGAGGAAGAUACUACCAUUAACAAUAGUUGUGAUGAAAUGCUUCAGGAUAAAGCCAUCACUGCUCUACCAGAGCCUGAUGGUGCAUAUCUUGUUAAGGUGGGAUUUUUAAGGAGCCAUCACAAAUAUGAAAUUGUCUUCUCUUUACCGCAAGUCCCCACACUGGGCAAAGAUGUCUCCCUUUCCCCCGCGCUUCGGUCUACGGCAAGACCACGCCUGCGUGCAACACGCAUCACACCACGUCCUGAGGGGGGAGCGAGGGUGGUUUGUGAGUACAGCGCUCAGCAGGAGGGAGUGGUACAGGAGGAACUCACUCUGGUCAACAGGAGCAGAAGGGACAGCAGUGUCAAAAUUAGAUUACAGGCCAGAGUCAUGGAACGCCACCAUGGGACACCAAUGUUACUUGAUGGAGUGCGGUUUAUUGGAGAAGAAAAACAGGUCGCCUCCAAAAAUAGUGACACAAAGAAGAUGUGACUAAAGCAUGUACAGUCGAAGUUAGAAGUUUACAUACACUUUGGUUGAAGUCAUUAAAACUCAUUUUUUAACCACUCCACAGAUUUAAUAUUAGCAAACUAUAGUUUUGGCAAGUCGUUUAGGACAUCUACUUUGUGCAUGAAAUGAGUAAUUUUUCCAACAAUUGUUUACAGACAGAUUAUUUCACUUUUGAUUGACUAUAUCACAAUUCCAGUGGGGCAGAAGUUUACAUACACUAAGUUAACUGUGCCUUUAAGCAGCUUGGAAAAUUCCAGAAAAUGAUGUCAAGCCUUUAGACAGUUAGCUUCUGAUGGGAGGUUUACUGAAUUGGAGGUGUACCUGUGGAUGUAUUUUAAGGCCUACCUUCAAACUCACUGUCUCUUUGCUUGACACCAAGACCCGGCUGUGAUCAGACAGUGCUGAUGAUGAUGGUGCUGUGUGUGUGUGUGUUGUAACUUAAAACAUUGUAAAAUUAGGAUGAGAAAGUGCGGGUGGGAAAUAAGGUGAAAAACGGAGCGGAGCCACAACGAGUUGAGUGACGUCAGAGGCAGAGUGGAGUUAAGGCACACGAUAGCAAAUUAGCAAUGCUAACGUUAGCAGCCGUGGGAAUGAACGAGCAAUCGUUAUUAUAGUUCAAAAGGGCAAACAGUCGAAGCUAUCUUAUUAUACGAGAUACAAAAAAACUGCCAAGCUGAUUCGAAACAGGUUGCGUUUGUCAUCCGUUACCAUGACAGCAAGUGGACUUUUGAAGCUGAAAUAAUGAGUGGAUUAGCUAUGCUGUUUCAAUCAGCAAGAGAGGAAUCACAGAAAACCUGGAUAUAUUUUACCAACUUUCUUGGCAAGGAGGAUGAGUCAUGGCCAGGCACAGGGGAGAAGGCUACUAAUAUUACAUUAGGCAAGACUGAAAGUUUUGUUUUCACAACUUGUAAAUUAACUUGGUAAUAGAAAUCAGCUGUGAAAUCGGUGUCGAUCGGGUCUGUGUCUUCUGGCAGGGUCCAGGUUCCAGCUUUCAAAUAAUAGACUGGUCCGGGUCCAGGAUUUCUCGGUUCUGCAUGGGUACGGGUAGUACAUUUCCAGGUCUCUUUGGGUUCCGGCAUGAAUUUUUGGACCCGUGAAGACCUCUACUCCACAAGUCUGGUUCAUUCUUGGGAGCAAUUUCCAAACACCUAAAGGUACCACGUUCAUGUGUACAAACAAUAGUACGCAAGUAUAAACACCAUGGGACCACGCAGCCAUCAGACUGCUCAGGAAGGAGACGCAUUCUGUCUCCUAGAGAUGAAUGUAGUUUUGUGUGAAAAGUGCAGCUCAAUCCCAGAACAACAGCAAAGGAACUUGUGAAGAUGCUGGAGGAAACAGGUAGACGAGUAUCUAUAACCACAGUAAAACAAGUCCUAUAUCGACAUAACCUGAAAGGCUGCUCAGCAAGGAAGAAGCCACUGCUCCAAAACCACCAUAAAAAAGCCAGACUACAGUUUGCAAGUGCACAUGAGGACAAAGACCUUACUUUUUGGAGGAAUUUCCUCUGGUCUGAUUAAAUAAAUAUGGAACUUUUCGGCCAUGAUGACCAUCGUUAUGUUUGGAGGAAAAAGGGUGAGGCUUGCAAGCCGAAGAACACCAUCCCAACUGUGAAGCAUGGUGGUGGCAGCAUCAUGUUGUGGGGGUGCUUUACUGCAGGAGGGACUGGUGCACUUCACAAAAUAGAUGGCAUCAUGAGGAAGGAAAAUUAUGUGGAUAUAUUGAAGCAACAUCUCAAGACAUCAGCCAGGAAGUUAAAGCUCAGUCGCAAAUGGGUCUUCCAAAUGGACAAUGACCCCAGGCAUACCUUCAAAGUUGUGGCAAAUAGGCUUAAGGACAACAAAGUCAAGUUAUUGGAGUGGCCAUCACAAAGCCCUGACCUCAAUUUGAUAGAAAAUUUGUGGGCAGAACUGAAAAAGCGUGUGCGAGCAAGGAGGACUACAAACCUGACUCAGUUACACCAGUUAUAUCAGGAGGAAUGGGCCAAAAUUCCAGCAACUUAUUGUGAGAAGCUUGUGGAAGGCUACCCAAAACGUCUGACCCAAAUUAAACAAUUUAAAGGCAAUGCUACCAAAUACUAACAAUGUGUAUGUAAAAUUCUGACCCAAUGGGUAGGUGGUAAAAGAAAUAAAAGCUGAAAUAAAUCUCUCUACUAUUCUCUCUGACAUUUCACAUUAUUAAAAUAAAGUAGUGAUCCUAACUGUCCUAAGACAGGGAAUGCUUUCUACGAUUAAAUGUCAGGAAUUGUGAAAAACUGAGAUUAAAUGUAUUUGGCUAAAGUGUAUGUAAACUUCUGGCUUCAACUGUAAAUGAUGUGAACAAACAGAAAUUAUAGCACAUGAAUGUGCACCAGAAAUGUGAACACACCAUCUCACCCGCAGUCCUGGAGGAUCUCAAGAUCAACUGAUGGGUUUCUGCUCUAAUGUAAAGAUGGAGUCUCUGUAGUCUACUGAUGACAGGUCUGCUAUUGGCAUUACAAAUUCAGCCUAACCAUAGUUUUUAAACAGAAUUGUAAAAGCGUGUGCACUACGUUUUAUCCAAUUUUGCGCAAGUGGGCAUGGGUGGGAGUUCUGUGGGCAUAUGUGUGCAAACUGUUGGUGUAUUGUACGGUAAUGAAGUGGUGCAAAGAGCAGUUUGCUAUUCAAAACCAUUUCUGUUUUCAGCGUAAAGUCCAAAUUCAGUUCCUACAUUUGCAUUUUGGAGAUUCCACCAGCAGGUGGUAAUAAAGUUCAUGUCCAAACUCUGAAAUAUAGAGGAACUUCAAAUUAAGUCCCUGCAAUCGCCGUUUUAUGAAACAAAAAUUUAUUAGAUUUGUGUCAAAUCUAGAGGUCAUUGUUUAUUUUUAAAAUAUUAUUAUUACUAUGUGUAUAUUUACAGUUGUAUUUAUGAUCUAAUUUAUAUUGGUAUUUUUCCACCUGUUGUUGUAGAGUGAUUUUUAUAUCACUGCAAAAGGGGCCGGUGGAAGAAGUUGAAGAGGAAAAAAUGUUUGGAUUUGGUAUGAUUUUUUUGACCACUUCGUUAUUUUGAUUAUAUUUUCGUUUAAUUUUAAGUGUAAUUUGAAUAUAGAAAUAUUUUUGGUAAAUUUUUUUUCAUGUUUCAAAAUUUUUUUAAUUUUUUUUUAUCAAAAUCGACUGGUAGAAGUGAAGUGCGUGCUGAAACAAUCACUGUUAAUACUAGCCAUUAUUUUGUGUGUCAGUAGAUGAAAAUGAUUUACUUACAUUCUCUGUAAUUUAACGGAGCCUACAUCCAAAUCCUGAACCACAUUUUCCAUGCGUAUAAAAGGAGCGUGUCACUUCAUAGAAUUAUGCCAGACAUUCAACAAGGACACAGUUAAUGCACAAAAGAAUGUAAGGACAUAUUUCUAUUCUUCUUAUUCACUGCAUACAGUCCAAUUACAUUACUAACUUCUUAUGAUUGUGCUGUCUUUGUUUAUAACGCUUGUGCUUGACUGGGAAUGGACUGUAUACAGUAAUAAGACACAGACCCUGCAAUAACCAAAGAACCUCAGAAUUAAACUGCACUUGACCCAGCCUAUUAGCGCUUUGCAUGCACAAUUUCGCCAGACACAUUUGCAGCUAGACUUUGUGCAUGCUUGCAUGAAAAUACCAAAACUUCAUGGCCAUUCCCACUAAUUUUGCACUUAUGACUUAUAGCCUAGCACUGCACUUAGCACUAGCACUUUUAAAAUAGGGCCCCAUAGGUUCUUAUGGGAAUGGAGCAAUAUCAAUUUAUCUGGCUAAAUAAAACUGAAAUGUUACACGUUCAGCUUUGUCAACAAAAUGUGCUGUUCUGGAGCUUGAGUAUGUGUAGUCUGUACUCUGUACUGAUAGUAUACUCUGCACUUACCCAGAUAGUCUGGAACAGAUUACUUUUAACCCGUGUAUGAUUUAUGACAGACAAUAGGGAAACCUUAAAGGUGCUGUAAGCAAUUUUUUUAUGGAAUGGUGUGCAGAAAAAAAAAAUUCUCCCUGAAAGAUAUCACUGACAUAAGUGUCCUGCGAUAUCUCGCCAGUCUCUGUGACAGUACUAGACUGUAUAAACAGCAAACAAAAAUCUGACCGCUGGCCAUGGACAAAUUCUUUGAUCAAUCAAUCAGUAGACUAUGAUGUACUUUCUGCCUGUGAAUCAUUUUGCACCUUCUCAGAAUGUAGUUGUUGAAGCGAAACAAUCAGGUUUAAUGCCAUAUUUAGAUUCAUAACAGUUGUCAGCUGAGGGCGCUAUUUUGCUACUGUAGUGUUUAAAAACCAUGAGAAGACAGACUGCUACUCUACUUUUCGGUGAUGGUCUCAACACCAUGUUUGGAGUGCAUGGUUUUGAUAAGAGGGGUCCUGUCUAAUUCAACGGCUCACUCUUGUGGAAAUUCCAGAAUGGUGAAAAUUGCUUACAGCACCUUUAAUUAAAGGGGUCAUGAAGUGCUUUUUUUUUAUUUUUUUAAUAAUUUUAUUAUCUUCCCUGAGGUCUAGAUAAUGAUCACUGAUAAUGUUAGUGAAGUUUAUUUUUCUCCAAAACAGUCAAAAUUUAGUAAUAAAUGAUAAUUUUCCACCCUGUUUUUUGCUCUCUGUCUAAAUGCUCGGUUUUGGCCUCAGCUCCUAAAUAAACAUCAACAUAAAUGGCCACUGUUCUGAUCCUCAAAACAUUUUGAAAUACAAUUGGAAGAGAAUGAAAAACCCCACAAUAUUAAACUACAUUUCAGGGUUUACACAUAACACACAUCCAACACAGUGCUUCCGAAUAUACUAAACUGUUCAUUUCAAGCACAACUGGACACGAGAGGCGUGUCACGUCAAAAGCAAUAGAACCUAUUAUAAUCAAUGAUGCUGUCUGACAAGGAAGUGUCCAUUGCAGUAAACGGUAAACAGAUCUCCCUUUCUAUUAUGCGCUGGCACUACUACUGCCAACAACAACUCAAAUAAACGGUUUAGAAAAUUUGUGUCGACGCGCCCGGUGUAGACAGCCUCAAGCCAUUGUGUCGCGUCAAUGGACGCGCCCAGUGUAGACAAGGUUUCAGCACCAUAAACUAUCAAACAGUCAUGACAUUUGAAAUAUUCAUGAGUGGAACAGUUUACUUACGUUUUUGAUCGUAUCCAAUAGUGUUUUUAACUGCCCCAUCCUUCAAUGGCAAUUCCUUUGCAAAGCUUGAAUCGUUUUAUGACUGGUUCACAAGCAAUCCACGCUGAAAUACGCUUUAGACACAUUCACAUGACGCAAAUUCAUAGUUCAAAGCACAAUGAAGAUGCACAUAUCCCGUUUCCAGUCUCAUCCUGUCCUGAGGUGCACAUCAUCAGAAAUGCAUCAAAACUAUCAAAGACAUCCAACUAGUGUGUGUUUAAAUACACCAACAAUUAAAAAUAGCAUAGAUGGGUGAAAGAACAGUAUGUUGAGCAGUUUGUGCACACAACAUGUGGCAGCAGCAGAAUGUAACCAAAUGGUUUAAAACUGAGUUGUAAUUUGACACCGCGUCUUUUAAAAGUGAUGCCAGAGACAUGACAACAGUCAAAAAAUAAUAAUAAUUCAGAAUAGUCCAGAUAGGUCCCAUUUGGUGUUUAGGAAUAUUUAGACCACACUAGGCCACACUGUUUGCCCUGCUCUGUCUCUCUCUGUGUUUACGAUCUGAGCCCCAGGGCCAGUGGACGGGGCCAAGGGUGUGAUGAUGUAAAGUAGGCGUUGAUGUUGUUGCUGUAGAGGCAGUCAUUAAUGAGUACCCUUAGUGACGUAGGGAAGUCGUGGAAGUAGAGAACGAGGUGUUUUGGCAGCUUGGUUUCAAUACAUGCUUUUAUUGCAUUGGGGAUUAAAUUUUGAGUUCUGAAAUUUACAGUAGGUUCUUAUAGUAGAAAGACCUCUUAUAUGUCAAAAUAUCAAGGAAAAUUUGAUUCCUCGUGACAUGACCCCUUUAAUGAAGUAAAAUUAAAUAAUUAAGAAAAAGGACACCCUGCUUCUCUUCCCACUGACAUUCAAAAGUGCUUACCGCAGUAUUUAGUGAUUUAAUCAUCAGAGGUCAAAAUCAUCAGAGGGCAAAAACACUUUUUAAAAUUGUAUAGCCAGGAGCAUGGUGUACUGUAUAGAUUUUUCCAUUUCUGUACCACAAGCAUCACCAAAUGAAUUAGCAAAACCACUCUUUUCAAACAGGUUUCCUGAACAUGUCAUUGGUCAGACAAACAGAUCGUCCUGCCCCAAACUCACGUCACCGAUUGAGUCAGUGUUGUUGCUUUGCUCCGCUAGUGACUAUUGUAUUUAAUGUGUUUGAAAAGCACUGAACUUUUUUUAAGCUUGCACGUGAAGUCCUACUUGAACCCCACCAUAGUAUUAUGUAAAUAUUUAUUGGAAUGUAUUUGGAUUUUAUUGGAUAUGUGUUACUAUUAAAAAGAAAGAAAUCAACAAACAAAUAAAUAAACAUUGUGCACUUUCUAUGCUUUUAACAGAAGGUGACUUGCAGUAAGCUCAGCAGGAUAUUUACAUCCCACAUAUGCUCAAUGUUAGGACAAUAUGUUAGGCUGAUUGUACAUUAUCCCUUACUUAAGGCUAUAUGUAACCGGUGUCAUGAACAGUUUAAACUCUUGCUUUAGCGCAGCACUUGAUUGACAGGUGAGAGAUGGCACGUCACUGCUGCCUGAGACGCAUAAGGAUGGCAUUUAAACCUCAAAAGCGAUGUGGUCACUGGUCAUGUGUUUUUUAUCUUCCUCCGGAUGUGGUUUUGUGAUCAGAUCACAGAAGGUUUUGCACCCCUUUUACGCCUGUAUUUAGCGCUGACCACCAGCUAUAAACAAGGUUUAAAAUGACAACCUGAGCUAGUUCAUGCGGUUCAUGGCUGUCCAUACAACCUGAGGCCACUUCUUUAAAUCGUCCUCCCAAAUCCCAUCCAUCUAACAAAGAAGAAGCUCCGUAUUAAGCUCCGUCAGGCUGUGCUCCAACAUCUAGAUUUUUGAAUGAAUGACCAACACUGCAACAAAAGAAUGAAUGGGUGUACGGCACAAUGACAACUGUUGUCCUGUCCCAAUACCCACACUUGAUACUUAAUUGCGUGUGCACGUGGCACCAAGUGUUCAAGACUGUCCCAUGUCUGAAACAUGCCAAAACUCAGUGCACGUAACCCACACUAAACCGCUUCGGAGCGGUCUUUAUGGAUACAAGUGCAUCCCAGAGAUCAUCACAUUCAGGAGCCCACACCCUACCCACGCUCCUACCCAGGCAAACAGCGUAUUUUCACUAUGAUUACGUCAAGGAAAGCUUUUCAAUAUACAGUAUGUUAUAUAUUAUAAUCAGACAGUAAAACAUUUUUUUUUUUUUUUUAAACGUAAAGGGCAGUAUAACAUUCACAACUGGUUGGGAUGACAUAACAGCAGCAUCAUAAUUACUAAAUAUGUAUUUAUGUGUAUAUUUAUGUACCUCUUUGUUAUCCUUCUUGUCUAAUCACCUUAUUUUGUUUGUUCUCGCCUAAUACCUUUGGUGAUUUUGGUAAUUUAUCAGUCAGUGUGACAUACAGUAUACGAUUUAGCAAAUGAUUUUUAAAAUAAAAAUGUUAUUAACUACUGCCACUGAAAGUGGGCUACAACAGUCACCCUUACCAACAACAAUUAAGUCUUUUGACUGCAACUACUAAAAAAGCUGUCGCAACCAGGACCAACAUCAUUAAGUCUAGGAGUGUCCGAACGUGCAGUCAAAAGUCACACAGUCGCAGUCUUCAUGUCUACUUGCACACUGUGAC